AUGCGCUUCACCUCGUGGCAAACUGCCAAAAUCUCUCUGGCAGCAUGCGUGGCCUCUGCAGCUCUUGCCUCUGGCAGCGCGCCUUGCAAGAAUGAAGGCUUCUGCGUGACCAACUCGCAGGCAGCUAUUCGUGCAGCACCCUCGCUGAUGGCGAUGCGCCAGCACCUGCAGAGGAAAGCCGCCCUGCAUAAUUCCACAGACAAGUCCGGCACUUCCCCAGAUGAGAAAUCACCCUCAUCGUCAGCCAGCGAUGACCUUGCACAGACCUUGCAAGAUGCAUUGCAGUGGGAGCUGCAGCAGAUCGAAAGAUCGCUGGGCAAAGAUGGUGCCACGAAGCUCGGAGCUCAACCUGGCAGGGUUAUGGGGGUGGCAUUGAAUGGCAAGGAUGAUCUACGGAUGCUACGAAGUGCUCUGAUGAUCGGUGUGUUUGGGGUCUUGACCCUGGUGAAGGUCUUUACAGUGUUUCGACGGCUUUGCCCCACAGUUUACAUCAAAGAGACGGAAUUGGAGAUCGAGACUGUGACGGAAACGGGUGCCUCACCUGGCACUGCACCAAGGCGCUUUGCAAACCCGCAUGUUAGUAUGUUUGAUUGGGUCACGAAAGUGUGGCAGACAACACCAGAAGAAGAGGUUUCACAGGCUGGCUUGGAUGGCUGGGCCUUCCUGGAAUUCCGGCGGCUGAAUUGGCGAAUCUUUUCGGUCAUAGGCCCGGUGCUUUGCGCAGUGCUCUUGCCCAUGCACUACGAGGCGCAUCGGGAGUCACAAUACGAGCUGGACAUACUCAGCAAGUUUGAUAUCGGCAGAGAUCCACUUCCAGAUUGGAUGUUGUGGGUCCAUGCUGCAAUGGUCUGGUUCGUGGUGUGCGUUAGUGCGUGGACGAUAACACGCACUCAGGAGCACUUCACGGAGCGUCGCUACCAGUGGCUGAAGGAAAUCCCAUUUCCGCGAGCAAAGACUGUGCUGAUCAGGAACAUUCCUUCAAGAUAUCGUUCGGACACUGCACUGAAGCAGUACUUUGUGAACCUCUUCAGUGAGGACGUCAUUGAGAGAGCCUAUGUUGUUCGGCACACAGGCCGCUUGUCAUACCAGGUGUCUGCCUUGAAGCGAGCCCGUCUGGAUCUGCUCCAUGCUAAGCAGCGCUGGGAGGAGGCCGGGCGCCCUGAGCGGACGUCGUCAGAAAGCCUGGUUUUGGCAAGAUGCGAAAAGCGUGAGCAGACGCUCAUGCAGGAAGUUGCGCAAGCGCACGCCCGGCUUGACGAGGGCGUCUCGCGAGGAGAUCCUGUGGCAUGCUCGUCCACGGGCUUCGUGACCUUCACGAACGAGCUGUCGCAGCGACUUGCUUCACGGGAGCAGUAUACGCGAGAUGUCACCGACUUCCGUAUGACAACUGCUCCGGAUCCAAAUGAUUUGAUCUACGCCAACCUGGCCGAAGAGGAGAUGAACUCUGCUGGUUGGAACUGGGCUGGUCUUGCUGCUAUUUGGGGCGUCUUCACGCUGUGGGUGCCCUUUGUAGUUCUGAUCUCCAGCUGGACGACGUUUGGCGCCGUGCAGGAGAUGUUGCCUACGCUGAAGGAAAUCGUGCAGAGACAUACCUGGCUGGACAAGCUGCUGACAGGUGUCUUCGCUACGAUUGCACUGAAGGUUUUCCUUGCCUUCUUGCCGACGGCGAUGUACAUCAUCAUCCGUACUGUCAUGAGUGUAAAGUCGGGCACAGAGGUACAAAUUCAGAUGCAGAAAUGGUAUGGCCUCUUUUUGGUCACCUUUGUGCUGCUGGUGACCUCGCUCAGCCGCGGAGUGACUCUUACUCUGGUCAGCGUAGCCCAGAAGCCUGGGCGCAUCUUCAGAAUCUUAGCCGAUUUCUUGCCUUCCGCCUCGCAUUUCUACUUCAACUACAUUGUCCUUGGCUGGAUUGUGCCAUUCAUGGAGCUGGUCAGAAAUGCGAACUUCUGGAAGUUCCACCUCUUCAGAUUGUUUUUCUCCAUGUCAGAGAAGGAGGCGAAAGAGUACAGCGAACCUGAAGAUCCAGGGAGCUAUGGACUUGGAGCCCGCAUGGCCUCCUCAUUGCUGAUCUCUGCCAUCACUUUUGCGUUCUGCUCGUGUUCACCGCUCAUUCUGAUCUUCUCGUUCAUAUCGCUUAGCCUGUCGCAUGCGAGCUAUACGUACUUGGUGGUGCAUGCAGAGUCCAAGAAGCCAGACACUGGCGGAGUUCUGUGGGUCCACGGGAUAAACUACCUUUUCAUGGUGAUCCUGAUGUACGUGCUGCUCAUGACGGGGGUGCUACAGAUGCUGAGCUCAAGUGGCAAAUGGCUGGGCCCUCCUUUAGUGGCUCUUGCUUCAGCCAUGGCCCUCUAUGCCGGGAAGCACAGGGUGGACAGCUUGGCUUUCGACGUGCUUCCCUUGGAGGAGGUGGUCAGGACUAGCCAAGAGCUGAGCAAGACGCUUGGCUUCAUUAUGCUAAUAGACGGCCGUCGAAAGCAGAUAUGCGCGAUGUUUGGACGGAAAAAAGAUGCCGGCCAGACGCGCACUGUUGCAACUGACUACAGAGCUUACGCAGCGACUCUUGGGACUGGGCUGUGGCGAGACUGGGCAGGCGCAGCUACGGAAAGCGCACUCUUUUCCAACAAUGCAUCCAACGACCUCGUGUGGGCAAUUCGCACUGAGUCAGAGGGACAAGAGCAGUGGGACGAGGGGAGGGUGGUCACUGACCCAGGCAUGGCAACAGAUGUUGCUGCCUGCCCGGCCUUGGCAAAGGAUAAGCCAGAGAAGCGCUUCUUCUCCCAGCACUUGCUGCGGCCACACGUGAAGUAUCUGGCGCUGGACUAUGAGGCAACGCUCCUUGAGCAUGGGCUGGCCGCAAUGGGCCAUGCCUUUCAUGCGUCGUUCAUCGGCCAGUCCUUCCCGAAUGGCGCAGAUGUCCUCAAAGAGCUUGCGGAUGGGGCACAACAGUGGAAUGACACUGGCAGUGCCGGCCUCAGCGAGCUUGCAAGGUCGUUCUUGCGACGCUGCACGCGGGUGGCUGAGAACUUGGCAGACCACAGGCCAGUCACAGCAUGUCACAGCUCGACAGAAUUCGACACAGAUGGCGGCGCGGUUUUGACCGACUCUGCCACGCAAUGGCUAUCAGCGCAUUUCGAGGCCUGGGAACUGCUGCAACUGCUGGGAGAAAAGGAUGUCAAUGCAGCCUUGCUCACGGCGAUGCCGGAGAAGCAGCGGCUGCUGAAAGCACGUUUCUCAAAGUACUUCAGUGCGAUUUGUACUCCUGCUACAUCCGCACCAGCACCAGCAGAUUCCAGCAAGGCCUCCACUGUCUUCUGUUAUGACAGCCAGAACAAGCUGGUAGAUGUCCGUCUGUGUGGCGAGGCAGAAGCCAUUCAGCCAGACCCAGAAACCACGUCAAAGGAUUCCACGUCACAGGAGGUGCAAGUUGGCAGACUUGACUUGGUUGGCGUACCCAGGCGUGAAAGUGAAGAUCCGAAGGUUGAUAUCACGUUGGAGCGAAACUCCAGCAUGGCACUGUACUUGUCCCCGCAACUGUUGAACCUAGGUCCAUCCGCAGCACGUGUGGCGGAUGGUACUCAAUUCGGAAAUGAUACCAGUAUUGCGACCACUGCUCAAGAGGUGAUGAUCGCCAAAGCUGGUUUGUUCCUUGAGGUUGCCAAGGGUGCAACUUGUGACACUUCCAGGUUGUCCAAAUUGCUGCGUCAAGGUGCUGAUCUUCAGGCUCUGAAUGGCGAGGGGUGCACCGUGCUGCUUUUGGCCGUGCGGGCCGAGGCCGCAAUGCACGUGAAAUACUUGAAAAUGGAAAUAUGCCGCGAAUUGUUGAUUCGAGUUGUCUCAGACAUGAGAGACGGGUUAGCUCCACAUGAGGUGCCAGCAGGUAGCAUAGCGGCAGCUUGCCUCUGUCUUUUCAAUGAGUCCUCCGAAGAAUACAGCCCUCAGUAA